GAGCCCGUGGUCAGAACAUCAUUGAUGAUAUUGGGUACUAUGGACCAUGCCUUUUAAGCAGUUUUAAGCAGACUUUUGCUUCUUUUAUUAAGCUCUGGCCAUCUAAUCCAGCAACAUGACAGCAGGAAAAGCUAGUGAAGCUCCUAAGCAUUUCAAGUUGGUACCAAAGAUAGUCAAUGGAGGCAUUGCUGGCAUCAUUGGUGUCACCUGUGUCUUCCCGUUGGACUUAGUCAAGACACGGCUGCAAAACCAAAAAAUUGGCCCAAAUGGAGAGCGAAUGUACAACUCAAUGUUCGAUUGCUUUAAGAAGACGUACCGGGCCGAGGGCUACUUCGGCAUGUACCGCGGCUCAGCCGUCAACAUCGUGCUCAUCACGCCCGAGAAGGCCAUUAAGCUGGCGGCCAACGACUUCUUCCGCUACCGAUACGCCAACAAACAGGGGAAGCUGACGCUGCUGCGAGAGAUGGCGGCCGGUGGCAGUGCCGGCUUCUGCCAGAUCAUCGUGACCACGCCAAUGGAGCUGCUGAAGAUCCAGUUGCAGGACUCGGGACGCGUCGCCGCCAUGGCCAAGGCCGCCGGGAAGGGCGAGGCGGCGCCGCGCGUCUCGGCGCGUCAGAUCACGCUAGACCUGCUGCGCACGCGCGGUAUCACCGGCCUGUAUCGGGGCACGGCCGCCACCAUGCUCAGGGACGUCUCCUUCAGCUGCGUCUACUUCCCGCUGUUCGCCCACCUGAAUGCGCUGGGACCGCGCAAGGGUGACGGCUCAGGCGAGGCGGUGUUCUGGUGUUCAUUCCUGUCCGGCUGCGCCGCCGGUUCGCUGUCGGCGCUGGCCGUCAACCCGUUCGAUGUGGUGAAGACCCGGCUGCAGGUCAUCAACAAGGGCCAGGGCGACGCCGUGUACUCGGGCAUCGCCGAUGCUUUCGUCAAGAUCAUGAAGCAGGAGGGCGUGCGGGCCUUCUUCAAGGGCGGCGCCUGUCGUAUGAUCGUCAUAGCGCCGCUGUUCGGCAUCGCCCAGAUGGUCUACUACUUCGGCGUGGCCGAGGCACUGUUGGGCUAUGAACGCUAGUGGAGGCCUAGUCUCGAUUGUCGUUCGCGGGGGUUUGGUGAGGCCGCUACAAGCCGGCGGCGAGCCGCCCCACCCCGGUCCCGGGUGUAGCCGCGUUAACAUCCUUAGACACGAUGUUGUUUUAAAAAUGGUGUGUGUGUCCGUGUGUGUGUAUGUGGAGGUGGAAGGCGGCGAGGAUGGGUCCUUGCGCCGAUCCAUGAGUGCGCUGGCGUUCGUGUAAAACUACACCUAAGUCAGAAGGCAUGGCCCAUGGAUCGCGUCUUUUUGCCCUGUCCGUAGGUCCCGUUGUUAGUGCUGUGUGCCAUUUUCCUUUGACAGCAAAACUUGGUUUUAUUUUGUUAUAUUAUUUUUUGGUGCGAAGCUCUAAAACAAGCAAUUUUCUUGAACGCGUGGUUUCGUACAUGACGCGAAUGAAUAGUUGACCUCCCUGUCGCAGGGGAACAUUGUCAGCGUUAGAGAUUUACAAUGUCAAAGCAUUACUCAGUGAACUUACCUGCCUAACGCUAGUUUUCUCUAAUGGUGGGCACUUCAUGCCGUGGAUAGAGCAUCCGUUACUUUGGUGUUCUGGUGCAUUAGUUGCUGUGGAACGCCAGUGUUUCUGAGGUCGCAACGUAUCAUUACGCCCCAGAUGUGUGAAAUUGUGCUCCAGAGGUAAAACUAUGCCAUUGAUGUAUAACAUUACGCCCACCUCACAGGAGGCAGACCCCCGCCCCCUCGGCCAGGCUUAGGUUGCUAGUUACACCCCACCCAAGGCCGCCGCGGCCACCUGCUAUGCGAUUCCCAGGUAGUGCGGUGUCCGUUUGCCCGUGUGUUUGGCUGUUCGAUGUGAGAGUAGUCUGUGAUGUGGGCGGCGGCGCCAGCGCCAGCCGCUCUGUUCUCGUCGAGAUCUGGCUUCCAGCUGUCCCUGUGACGGCGUCGGUGGGGAGAGGCCGCCCAGGCUCCGAGUGGCUCCAGACGCGGGCGCUGUGCGCUUGGAAGUCCUCGUGUGCGGCGAAUGCUGUCUCGCGAGCGCCGUCGACGUAAUCUCGAGACUUCUCGUCUUCGCGGUUCUUGUGGCUAUCUUUUUAUAGCCACAGCGUUGGUUGUGGUGCUAACGGUCGAGGCGCCGAGAGGUCUCUGAACGCAUUUAGUAUUUUUUUCUGGACUCGUACCAGCCACCGGUGCUGAUUACUGACGUGUGGCACAGAACAAAUGAAUGGUGUAAUAGUGACACGAAGACGUCGGGACGUCUGAUGUUCACCAGUUGUAUUAACAUUUGCUCAACACUGAAACCAGCCGCCGGAUGUACACACGCGUGCAAUUAAUUUGCUUACGGACCCUCGGUGCGUGGUACCGGGCUCUCCGUGUGCGCCCCAGCAAUCACCACCGACCACUUUAUCGGAAUACAAGCGCCACUAAUCGCC